AUGUGCUACGGUACCUUCAUGGGUUGGCCUGGGACGACUCUGCCAAUCCUUGAGGCAGAAGAUUCGCCGCUUCCACUUACCGCCGACGAGGGCUCUUGGCUAGCGUCCAUCAACUCACUCACCAUGCUGGUGGCCAUAUUCGCCACUGGCUACGCCGUUGACGUUGUGGGACGUAAGAAAGUGUUGCUGUUCGGAGCCGGACCUCUGUUCAUCUGGUGGGUGAUGGUGGCGUUCGCCAAUUCUUACGGAAUGCUGCUCGCAGCUCGAGCGAUUGGUAGCUUUGGUGGCGGCCCCAUCAUCAUGGCCUUGCCAGUGUUUCUGUGUGAAAUAGCUGACACCGACGUAAGGGGGACGCUAAUUGUGAUCCACUACUUCCUCAUGCAGUGUGGCUACCUGCUCGUGUACAGCAUUGGGCCUUACCUGUCCGUCACCACUGUUGCUCUCAUCUGCGCCUCAAUUCCGAUCAUUUUCGUCUUGACAUUCAUCUGGAUGCCGGAGUCACCAUACUUCUUUCUCAAGCAACACAAAGAAGCGGAAGCUGUGAAGUGUCUCGAAAGAUUGAAAGGUCAGCUGACGAGGGACGAACUCAAGUCUGAGCUGGAGUCGAUGUAUCAAGCUAUAAGGGAGAAACAACAAAGUAAAGGAAAGUUGAAAGAUGUCAUCUUGGUGCCUGUGCACCGCAGGACGUUGCUCUUAGCGGUAGGGUUCAUUCUGUUCCAGAUGUCGUCUGGAUCGAUAGCUCUCGCCACGUACACAACGUACAUAUUUGAGAAGAGCGGAAGCGAACUCGACUCGAACAUCUCUUCCAUUAUCCUGACGGCCGUCACGCUUGGGGCAAGCGUCAUGUCGUCGCUGGUCGUCGAGAGGUUCGAUCGGCGGCCCCUCUGCAUGGCGUCUUUCUCAGUGUGCGCCAUCUGUCUGGCUGCAGAGGGAGCUUACUUCUACGUCGACGACAUCUACGGAGACGUGCCUACUGCAUUCGACUGGGUGCCGCUCGCCGGCAUGAUUGGAUUCAGUAUUUCGGCCUCUGUUGGUCUCGCACCAGUGCUGUCCUUGGUCAUGGGUGAGCUGUUCCACGUGUCGGUGAAGGGGGUCGCCUCAGCUGUUGGCACCACCGUGAUAGCACUGUAUGGCUUCUUCCUCAAGAAGAUGUUCCAAGUGGUCUCUGACGGCCUGGGCGCCUACUACUCCUUCUGGGGCUUCACCGUGAUGUGUGUGGGUGCCGUCGUUUAUGUCUACGCGCUCAUGCCCGAGACAAGGAACAAAACUUUUGCGCAGAUCAACGAAGAAAUGGUCAGUCACGUAGGCGGAGCAGCAAGCAGUACUCCCGAGGAACUCUCGAAAGAACGUCCAAUCUGA